UGUAAUCGUGGAAACAGUAUAUUGGCUCAGAGACGUCUAAGCCGAGAUACCUACAAGGCAUCGUCCAAAAUUAUGUCCCGAACUUCUGCUGCUCUUAUUCCGUCAGCGCCUGGACCGUCAAGUCCACUCACAAACUCGUAUACCUACCAUUCUUCAACGCCUACAGCACCAGGGCCAUAUAUUCUUGGUGUUGAUGAGGCUGGUCGUGGCCCUGUACUUGGGCCACUUGUUUAUGGUGUUGCCUACUGCCCUGCAUCUUGGAAGACAGACUUAGAGCAGCUGGGCUUUGCUGACUCCAAAACACUCACUCCAGAAAAGCGAGCCCAAUUGUUAGACGUUCUUAACUCUGAUCCUCAGAAUCUCGGAUGGUCUGUCCGAGUCAUCAGCCCACAAGCCAUAUCAGCUGGGAUGUUGAGAAUUCCGCCAACAAAUCUAAACAAGCAAUCCCAGGAUGCAACCGUAUUGCUCAUACGCGAUGCUCUUCAGCGUGGACUCCAGUUGUCUGAGGUAUAUGUGGAUGCACUGGGAAACACAACUACUUAUGAAGCAUAUCUUUCUUCACAAUUCCCGGGCAUCAGUUUCACAGUGACAACAAAAGCAGAUUCAAAAUUCAAGAUUGUGGGAGCAGCCAGCGUGGCGGCAAAGGUGACAAGGGAUGCGUGUGUGGAUGGUUGGACCUUCGAAGAACUAAUUGAAGAAGACAACAAUGCAGCUAAGGACGCUCGAAAAGAAAACUGGAACAGAGAAUUCGGAAGUGGCUAUCCAUCGGAUCCAAAGACUCAAAAUUGGGUAAAGAACUCACUCGACCCUACUUUCGGUUUCCCAUCCAUCGUCCGGUUUUCGUGGACGACUGUUAAAGUCAUACUGGAGAAAUCUGCUCACUCUGUAAAAUGGAUUGACGAGGGACAAGAGUCAUUAAUGAAGGCAUUCGAGGGCGGGAAGGGGAGAGAGAAAGACCGGUGUAUUGUCACCAAGGACCUUGGAAUUCAAAGUAUUGGAAACCUAUAAAAGCACUCUGUACAGCAUGGCAGCAUUCCUUCCUUCCAACCUCCCACAGCCAGUACUGUAGUUUCUUCGACGACAAUAACUGAUUCGAAUUCUGGAGGCAAUUUUCGCUCGGUCUCCAGCCAACCGCCUACGAAAUGGGGAGGCUGACAAGUUCCCAAAU